AUGGCUCAAGCGCUUUGCAUCGAUACCGACUGCAUCAGACCUCGUCGACGAAAUAUAUGUGAAAUUUUAAGAAACGAUAUCUACUGGAAAUGUCUGCUGACAACACUGUUUACCUACUUCUGUAUCUUUUAUGCAAUUUGGUGUUAUUUGACACUUUAUUCGGCUGCAAAUGAUUCGGAUUCCAAUCAUCCAAGAAGCUCAUGUGUGGCACGAUACAAUUUUAUCCCAAUCACUUUUGGAGUUAUUAUGUACGUAACUUAUAUUAUGGAAUGCGGACAUGAUUAUGUCAAGAGAUGCAAGAUAAAAAAGGUCAAUCGUGCUGAAGCUGAUGAAUAUAUCAAAAAAGUUUGUGCCGCAACACCGAUUGUUUGGUGGAAAAGUGUUUGCUAUCAUUAUGUUCGGCGAACUCGGCAAAUUACACGGUAUCGCAACGGUGAAGCCAUAACAUCAACACAGGCAUAUUAUCAGCGUGCAAAUUCGCAUACUUUUGGUGAUAUGUUUGUUUACGAUAUUUGUGGUGUCAAGGACAUAUCUAAAAAGUUGGUCGAUUUAGACUGCUUUGGUGCAACACGGAUAACUUUUAGUAAGAAUUUCUUGUUUGCUUCUGUGCAGGCAGCAGCCGAAUUUGAGCAGCAGCGAUCAAGGUUUUUUGGUGAAAGCGAAUUACAGGAUGAUUAUAUGGAAGCUCGUGAGGGUUUUGACUUUGCUGAAAUACAAUUCAUCGACGAACUGUUAGUGUAUGCGUCUCCAUACGACUCUCCUCCAUGGUACCUCAAAACUGCGGUCUUCUGGUGCUUCAGUUUCUUUUUGCUUAGUUGGCCGCUAAGAUUUAUUCGCGAGCUUCGCACUGCUAUUGUUGACUAUGAAAUAACAAAACUAUUUGGCACUAACUACAUUAGUCCUUCAAAUCUUAAUUUUACGGGUAAUUUUAAUCAACUAUUUGGCAAUCCACAAAUGAUACAGGAUCGAGCGAACUACUUUGUUGUCCCAAGCUACAGUGAAGCAAUGCAGCUCGACGCCUCUGGCCAGAGUGACCAGUUACUUUUUGCAAGCUGUCGCCGACAGAAUCGCAAUAACAUUAUUCCUGUGGAUAAUGAAGAUACGAUAAUCCCCAACUAUGGUGCCAUCGGCAACAGGAGAGGGCUACGUGAUCCUCAUUGUGUAGGACGACGAAGAUCAUUUGCUCAGAGACUAAUUCAACACUUCCCUCGUCGCAGUAGAUCUUUAAACUCUAUGAUUGCGAGAACUUUAUCACGUCACGAGAGAUCUGUAGCGGUGUCUUCCCAGUCUCCCUUACCACGUAGCAUCAGUGGUCCACCGCCACGGUCACUUAGUAUUAGCGCACUGUCAACGAGAUGGCGGUCAUCUGGUUAUGAACCAAUUGAUGAGCAGAAUGCUGACGACUGUCAACAGUUGGUCGAGGAUAUGGCUCCAUCCGGUGAUCCCCCACCGCCCUAUGAAGUUGCGCUGCGGAUGUGCGCCCCAUUGUAUCUGAGACUUCGACGUUCAGCAAACUCGAUAACUUCACGGAUAAGUUCAUUAUCUCAGUCAACCAGCAAAGACUUCUCGCUUCGACAGCAGCGAUCCGGGCACUCCUCAAACAGAAAUGGUUCGCUGCCGGGUUCUGCUAUACCAUAA